GCCGAGGCAGCUGCUACAGAUAGUAACGCAUUCGCUCUUUACCACUACCACCCAACAAUUGCAGGAGCAGUCAUUAUAGCCAUUGCUUUCAUCGCCACGACGGCCUUCCACUUCUUGCAGCUGUCCCGCAAGCGAUGCUGGUUCAUGAUACCCCUCGCGCUGGGCGGUAUUUUGGAGGUCGUUGGCUACGGUUCCCGCGCCAAGUCAGGCACAGAGAGCCCGGAUUGGACUCUUGGGCCAUACAUCAUUCAGGCCAUCCUGCUCCUUGUGGCCCCUGCCCUAUAUGCGGCCACAAUAUAUAUGGAGAUUGGGCGCAUCGUCUCAAUUAUUGACGGAGAGUCGCGGCUUAUGAUGCGGAAAGAAUGGAUGACCAAGAUCUUCGUCACAGGAGACGUCCUCUCGUUCAUCCUACAGGCUGGCGGCGGUGGCUAUCAGGCAUCCGGCACAGCUGAGGCCUUGGAUCUGGGCUCCAAGAUCAUCAUUGUAGGCCUCUUCGUACAGCUGUUUUUUUUCGGCGCCUUCAUUGUUAUCUCCGUGUCGUUCCACCUCAAAAUCAACCGGGAGCCUACGGCACGCUCCGGCCAAAACGGACCCGACUGCGUAGCCUGGCGCAAGCACGUCUGGGUACUAUACGUAGCCAGCUUUCUCAUCAUGGUGCGAUCCUUGUUCCGCGCCAUCGAAUAUCUCCAAGGGAAUGGAGGCUCCCUGCUCCGCCACGAAGAAUACCUGUACAUUUUCGACGCAGUGCUCAUGCUGAUCGUCAUGGCCAUCUUUAAUGUGUUCCAUCCAGCUGAGCUC